CAAAUCUCGCGAGAUCAUAUCAAAUCUCAUUAAGGAGCUCUACAGGAAGCCAUUUUGUUUUUCAGGGCUCUUUGCAAGGGUAUCGCGAAGUAGUUUGCAGCAAAGCAGCAGCUGCAGUAACCGCUGUUUCAUCUUGAGCUCCACGAUGUUUCCCUUGGCCAAAAACGCAUUAAGUCGUCUUCCAGUUGGAAGCAUUCAACAAAUGGUGGCAAGGCAGAGCCACCAGAAACGUACACCUGAUUUCCAUGACAAGUAUGGUAAUGCUGUAUUAGUUGGUGGAGCCACAUUCUGUAUUGCUAUAUGGACAUAUACAGCAACACAAAUUGGAAUAGAAUGGAACCUUUCCCCUGUUGGCAGAGUCACCCCAAAGGAAUGGAAAGAUCAGUAAUCAUGCCCGCUGAUAUAAUACAGCUAAAUUGCUUCAAUAUCAAAUCACAACUGAUGUCAAGUAAAAGCAGUGUAUGUCCAUUAAAAUGUGUAUUGAAGAAAUAAAGUACAAUUGAAACCUUUA